AUGAAGAUUAUUAGGGGAGUUGACGAGGAUUUUUAUCCCGAUGCCAUAUACAUUGUUGAGGCCCCAUGGGGUGGUCUGCUGCUUGUUUCAAGAUUUAAAGAGUUUGAGGAUCCUGCUGAAGAUGGUGACCCUGAAAUAUAUGUUCCACAUACUACGGAAAUCAAAUUACACAGAGUUGAUGAUGGCACAGAGAGGCUUGUGGAACUUGAUUGCUUGCCUGACCAUGUGCUGUUUCUUGGGCACAACGAUCCACUUUGUCUGAGUGCCAAAGAUUACCCUGCUCUCAAGGGAAAUCAUGCCUACUUUACUGAUGACGACGAGUACAAUAAAAACCGUAAGAGUAGUCCUCGUGAUAUUGGAGUAGUUGGCUUGGGCAAUAAUCGCGAGGUGGACCUUGUGUCUCCUCUGCUUUGGUCCAACUGGCCUUCUCCAGUGUGGCUUACACCCAGCCUUACGGUGAUGAAACUGCCAUCGAAUGACCAUUGGCUCAGUGGAUGGGAUCAUGUACUCUCCAGACCAUCACCGACUGAGGCUAUGGUAGGCACUACACUCCUGGAGCUACCAGAGGACAUCAUGAUGCGUGUCUUCGCCACCCUUGAGAGCCCUGACCUCGUACGUGCUGGUGCUGUCUGCACCUUUUGGCGCUCUGCCUACACUGCCCUGCGCAAACUUGGCACACACAAGCAGCCCCAGACGCCGUGCCUGCUCUACUGCUCUGAAUCUUCCAGCGAGAAUGUUGCCUGUCUCUACAGCCUUGUGGAGAAGAGGGUUUACAGGCUAACUCUCCCGGAGCCGCCUCUCCACAGUAGGUUUCUGAUUGGGUCCUCUCUCGGCUUGCUGGUCACCGUCGAUGAGAGAUCUGAAAUGCACCUUGUCAAUCCGAUCACUGGUCAACAGAUUGCUCUCCCUUCAGUGACCACGAUGCAGCACGUGAAGCCCAUUUGUGAUGACUCGGGUGCUGUCCACAAGUAUGCAUACUCAAGGCACACGGCAAAGCAAGUUAUCUGCCCUCCAAAGAUAAUUGCUCCAGCUGCCCUGCGGGAAGUCUUCCACCAAAAGGCUCUUGUGUUUUAUGAUACACCCACAGGGAGCUACAUAGUGGUGCUCAUCCACAUGCCGUUUGGUCAGCUAUCCUUUGCAAGGGUAGGGGACGAUAAGUGGACCUGGCUGCCACCUCACACUGAUUAUUUUGACUGCACCUACAAGGACGGGCUAUUGUAUGCAGUCACUCUAAUGGGAGAAAUCCACACCUUUGAUCUUGGUGAGCCUGCUGUUACAAUGAACAUUAUUAUAGGUGUGGAUGAUGACGAUUUUGAGAUUCAGGGAGCAUACAUUCUUGAAGCUCCAUGGGGUGGUUUGCUGCUUAUUUGGAGAUUGAAAGUGUAUAGUGGUAAUCAGGAUGAUAUUUCAUCACUUACGCUGCACACCAAGGGAAUUAAAAUACAUGAAGUUGAUGUUGCUGCCAAGAAGCUUGUGGAAAUUGAUUGCUUGCGUGGCCAUGUGCUGUUUCUUGGGCAUAACCAGUCACUCUGUCUCAGCACUAAAGAAUGCCCUGCUCUCAAGGAAAAUCGUGUCUACUUUACUGAAGAUAAUGAGUACAUAACUGUACAUAAGGAUAAUCGUCGCGAUAUAGGAUUACUUCGCUUGGAUAAUAAUAGCUGGGAAAGCCUUGUGUUUCCUCAGCUUUGGUCUAACUGGCCUGCUCCUGUGUGGAUUACACCCAAUCUUACAAUGAUGAAACUGUCGUUGAAUAAGUAG